AUGCACCGUCAUCAGGAGAUUGCGGAAGGAACGUUCAACUUCGGCAAGGUCAAGAUGGUGAUACACACUGUUACCGGCCAUAGGGUCGCCAUGAAGUUCAUUUCCAAGCAGGUGAUUAACGCCACGAAGACAAGGACGAGGAUGCAACGAGAGGUCAAGUAUAUGCAGACGCUUCGGCACGCGCAUAUCAUCAAGCUUUACGAGGUCAUCCCGACACCGACAGAUAUCGUCAUCGUCCUCGAAUAUGCGGAUGGCGACCCCUUCAACUACAUUGUCGCCAAUGGUCGCAUACCUGAACCCCGAGCACGGUGGGUCUUCCAGCAGCUGAUAUCCGGCAUCGAGUACAGUCACCGGCUGAAUAUUGUGCGCCGAGACCUCAAGCAGGAGAAUGUUUCAUUUGCCGACUUUGGCCUGUCGAACGAUAUCAAGGACGGCGGCUUUCUGAAUACGAGCUCCUACCUCUCGCCCGACGCCAAGAACCUCAUUAUGGGCAUGCUCGCGGUCGGCCCUAUGAAGCGCAUCACUGUGUCUGAGAUUCUUCAGCAUCCGUUCUUCACCGCCGACCUUCCGCGCUACACACCCGCCACCACCAGGACCCGUCUUGGGCCCGCUACCCUCGCUAGUCCCGCCACCAAAGGCUCUCGACUACGAGCCUAUUGA